UGCACCCAAUAGAAUGACUUAAAUCAAUUUUCUAUUGUGUGUAUAAAUUUCUAGAUUAAAACCUUUCCAUUAAAAAGAAAAUAUUGCCCUGUAGAAAAUUAUAUAUUUUCACUUCAAUCGUUUUUUUUAACCUAUCAUAGUCCAAUUGGAAAAAGGAAAAGUUCCGUGACUAAUAAAUAAUUGAAACAAAUUCUCCUAAACCAAAUGGGAAUUAAGAGGCCUUGGGUUUCAGCUGAAAAAAUCAUCUAUAAAUAUAUUUGCUCAUACUUCAAUAAAUUCACACUCAACACACAAGCCAAUUACUCUAAAUUAAUUAUAAGCUUCUUGUUUCUCUUUUCAAUCAAUCUCCAGGGUUAGGGUUUUUCUAGUUCUCUCUAUUUCUCGGUUUGUUAACACAGAAAUUGCAAAAAAAAUGUCGACGAUCACGAAAGUAACAUUGAAAGCAUCUGAUGGGGAGACAUUCGAGGUGGAACAAACGGUGGCUUCAGUGUCUGAAACGAUCAAAUUAAUGAUCGAAGAUGGCUGCGCCGGCGACGUUAUCCCUGUUCCUAACGUCACCGGAAAGAUACUGUCUCUGGUUAUCGAGUAUGCCGAGAAACAUAACGGGACUGCUGAUGCUAAUGAAGAUAUUAAACGUUGGGAUUCUGAUUUUAUCAAAGUUGACCAAAAUGUUCUCUUUGAUCUCAUUAUGGCUGCUAACUAUCUGAACAUGAAGGGUUUGCUGGAACUGACCUGUCAAACAGUGGCUGAUAUGAUAAAGGGGAAAACACCGGAGGAGAUUCGCAAGACAUUCAACAUCGUCAAUGAUUUUACCAAAGAGGAAGAAGCGGAGAUUCGUCGGGAGAACCAGUGGGCUUUUGACUUUGAGUGAUACUUUGCUGCUGCUGAUGCUCUUUCAAGUGUGCAUAUCAUUAGGUUUCUUCGAAGAAUAGAAUAUAUAGGAUUUUAUGUUCGAUUUGUUUAAGUUCAUAGGAUUAUUACAACCGAUUUCGGUCAUUUAAAACAAUUUUAUUUCAGUGAGGAUUGUUAUAUGAAAUUUCAAGAUUUUAGUAGCCUUUUCU